CACCCCACCAGCUUGACUCUCUCUCUAGCAAGCCAAAGUUUGGAGGAGGAUGCCCUUACCAACCCCGCUUUCUUUCUAUAAACUCAAUCACUCAGACUUUUGUACACGUUAUUCCUCCCUCCCACAACCAGUUUUAAACAGAAACACCAUUAUCUAACUCCGAAACGCCACCCACCUACUUCCUGUAAAAAAGCCCUACCGUUUUCUCUGUUUAAAAGUCAACCAUCCAAGCCUUACGAUAACCGUAACGAGACGUGCGUGACCAUGCCAUCCGAAGCGCAGCAGCCCGAAGCGCCACCCAACUUCUGGGGCUACAUGCCGGAGGAGGAGUACUAUGCAUCGCAAGGAGUGACCAAUACCCAGUCACACUUUGAAACGCCGAAUGGGAAGAUCUUCACGCAGGGUUUUCUCCCGUUGGAUAAAAAGGUCAAAGCCACGGUAUAUAUGACCCACGGCUAUGGAUCCGAUACUGGCUGGCUGUUUCAGAAGAUCUGCAUCAACUUUGCUACCUGGGGUUACGCUGUUUUUGCCGCUGAUCUCCUUGGGCAUGGCAGAUCAGACGGUUUACGAUGCUACAUGGGUGACAUGGAGAAAGUUGCUGCAGCGUCCUUAUCGUUCUUCAAGCAUGUACGCUACAGCGAGCCAUACAAGAACUUGCCCGCCUUCUUAUUUGGCGAGUCAAUGGGUGGACUAGCAACAAUGCUGAUGUACUUCCAAUCAGAACCUAACACGUGGACGGGCUUGAUUUUCUCGGCCCCUCUUUUCGUCAUUCCGGAACCAAUGAAACCUAGCAAGGUACACCUAUUCAUGUAUGGCCUGCUCUUUGGAUUUGCUGACACGUGGGCCGCCAUGCCAGACAACAAAAUGGUAGGUAAAGCGAUAAAGGACCCAGAAAAACUCAAGAUCAUAGCAUCCAACCCCAGAAGGUACACGGGCAAGCCUAGGGUGGGUACCAUGAGAGAAAUUGCCAGAGUCUGCCAAUACAUACAGGACAAUUUCUCCAAGGUUACGGUGCCCUUUUUGACUGUCCACGGGACCGCCGAUGGGGUGACAUGCCCAACAUCAUCACAGUUGCUGUAUGAGAAAGCCUCUAGUGAGGAUAAGAGCUUGAAGAUUUACGAGGGCAUGUACCAUUCUUUGAUACAAGGCGAGCCUGACGAAAAUGCAAGUCUUGUCUUGAAGGACAUGAGAGAGUGGAUCGACGAGAGGGUUGAGAGGUAUGGGUCUACAAAGAGUGAUGAUUGAAAUCAUAUAUGAAGAAAAAAUGGUGGCUUUUUUUUCUGGAAAAGUGAAGCUUGGUCCAUAGUCUCUUGAUGGGGUUAGGGCAAAACGAAUGCGAAUGUAAUUGAAUAAUUUUGAA